UUGUUCAGAGAAUUGGUAAAGUGGAUCGAAAACCAUGCAAGGUAUUCGUCGCGCCUUGUAUGUGGUUGGUCAAAUGAUAAGAGAAACAGGUCAAUCUAUGGACCACUUAGGUAUCCGAGUUCAAGGAGGAUACAGUUAUCGUGAACCACUUAGCAGACAUCGACAGUUGAUGAACAUCGGUCUAAAGAAACCUAUUUUUGAAGACAACGUUUUCAUUGCUCCCAACGCUUCGGUUAUUGGAUACGUUCAACUUGGGGCGAAUAGUUCUGUUGGAUAUGGUGCUGUGUUGAGAGCUGAUGCGGUUCCCAUCGUAGUGGUUGGCGACAGUCAUAUUGGGGAUGAUGUGGUUAUCCAUUGUACUCGUAUUCCAGAGGAACGUGGAAAUCCAACGUUUAUUGGGAAACAAGUGAUUAUAGGAGCUCGCAGUAGUAUCUACAGUUGUACAAUCUAUGAUAAAGUCUACAUCGGUUGGGGUUCGUUGAUCGAAGAAGAUUGUGUUAUUUCUACACGUUCGGUAAUAGCGUCCGGUUCUCGACUGGUAAAGGGAACCAGCGUUCCUUCCGAUGAAUUAUGGGGUGGCAAUCCCGCAAACUAUAUUCGCAAGUUGACCAAUGAAGAGUUGAAUAGUUUUGAGCAGCUGUUGAAGGAGCAACAACAAUUGGCAGAGCUUCAUGCAAAGAUUUGUGGCAAGACUCCUGAUCAAGUGGAAAGUGAAAGGCACAUGGCAGCGGUAAGAUCGAGGCUUCCUUUGGAUUAUUUAGAGUAUAUGAGAGAGAUGGAUACUUCGAAACAAGUUGCAUUACCCAAAGUGGAAUAGUCAUCAUUGGAAAUCAUAUAAACUAUUUUUUCUUACA